AGUUGGAACGCGUGUGUGCCUGAUGUGCAACGUGAAAUGUAAUCCCCCUCCACAGUACCGGUGAAGCUCAAGCUUGCACAACAGAGAGAAGUGCGUAAUGAUGGCUCUCCGAACGUGUGCUAGAGUACUCUAUCGGGGAUCCAUACAUGGCUUACGACUGAGCCCCAGGGCAUCAUCUUUUCUACAAAGUCCUCCCCUAGUUCGUGGCCACAGGCUUGGCCCUGCUGAUGAUGAGCUGUACCAGAAGACAACGGUCUCUGUGAUGCAGAAAGAACAGGGUGGUGGGGCUAUGAUCUACAGCUAUAGCCCCCGGGGUUUCAACAUUGAUGGGAACCGUGUGAUUGGACCCUGUGCUGUCAUUAGCCCAGCCAUCCUCCAGUGGAAUGUUGGCAGUUAUAAAGACAUCACGAUUGAGAGCUUGGCAUUGUUCUACAUGAUUGAACCCCGAAUUGAAGUGCUGGUCCUUGGCACGGGGGGACGAGUGGAGAGGAUUGACCCAGAGAUUCUAAAAGUUCUAAGGAAGAAAGGCAUAGCAGUAGAGGUGCAGGAUACGGCAAAUGCAUGUGCUACCUUCAACUUCCUGAGCAGUGAGCGGAGGAUCACUGCGGCCGGCCUUAUCCCUCCCGCUGUCAGCACAGAGCUGGAGUAGGUCUGCCGUCACAGCGCGGGCGCUAUGAGAAUGUCUAGCAGGAGGAGGUCGCACAGACGCCUGAGAGAUCUCUGGAGGAGUUCCAGUAAGUGCUUGGAGGUGGUUCUCAGACUCUGAUGAGGAGAAACUGAGGCUUGUUUGAAAGGCUGGAAAAUCAACCCGUCCUACCUUCAUAAAACGGUUCUUUUGAAAUCUGACAUGUUUGCAGGUUGCAAUCAUACACAUGGGUUCAGUAGCCACACACAGCCUGCUAGAAGGUGUAAGUGUGUUAAUGCCAUUCCACAUGAAAGCAAUAGUGGAACAUUUGAGUUAAGAUGAUUUAUUUUGAAUAUCACAGUGGAAAAGUGUAUCAGAAAGAGUUAAUAAAUUGUGCUCUUUAUUUGGGUAUGUUUAUAUCCAAGUGUUUAUGUGUGAGUAUGAGAGGACAUUUUGCUCUACUGUAUGAAUGAAUUGUAUAGAUACUGUGUUCAAAUAUGUUUAAUAAAGUGAUAUAUUUAAGUGUCAA